AUGUUUAUGCUCCGAAAUGUCAGCAAGUUUAUCUUUGGCGAUAACUCCAAAGAGUCCAUCAUCGACAUUCCACAGGGCCAGCUCUACCUCGUCCGCCCUCUAUCACCAAAGGGGUAUUCCGAGCUUAUUUUCAAAGACGCCGCCGCCUCUAUCCGACGAACCGGCCAAGAGUUCCAGUAUCAACUUGUGAUCCAGCGCGCCUACGAGGAAGGAGAGGAAGAGCUUGCCGAAGACGAGUCGGGCGAAGGACUUAGCGAUAGCUUGGACAAGGACGAGAAGGCUUUCCUUCUCGAUCAGAACCUUCAUUUUCGGUCGGAGGUCCGUGAAGGCGGCUCGAAGAUCCUAGCCUGGAGGGACCUUAGUGGCGACAUUGGGGACCUCUUUGAGUUUAUCUGCGAUCCCUCUGUCCCGUCGGAUAAGGUUGCCACAUUUGAGUUAGCUGCUUGCCAGUGCCAGUACGAGCGCAAGUACCGCCGAAGCGCUCAGAAGGCGACUCAAGAAGAGCUUCUGGAGUUUUCGUUCGACGAGGAAAGGCCUAUUCCAUCUGCAAGUCCGGUCGCAUCGCCCACAAAAACGAGAACGGAAUCUGUAGCGUCCGGAGAUUCUACUAUGGUUCGAGACGCUGAGUAUACCCGCUCCAAGAAGCAGCUCGCUGCUCCAGCUGCCGUGAAUGAGCCAACCGUCGCUCCGCCUUCCGCCACUCACCCUGAGGCGAGAGAUGUUCUGACGAAGGAACGAGCGGAAUUGCAUCUCUUUGAUUUCCAAAGUGGGACAUUUGUUAUACAGGAUGCCAAUGUAACUGCCACCGUUACAGAAGUUGGCGACUGGCAAUACUGGCUUCAAAUUAGUGGUGAAAAUAAGGAUUGGCUGGGCCAGGCUGUUGUGGCGGACAUCAACCCAGUGUUCAACUUUGAGUACCUGUCGUUCAUCUUCAACCACUAUGAUGAGACUGGCUCAGCGUAUUCUUGGCUCUUGCGCUUCAAGGAGCAAGAGACAGAGGAGAGGUUCCAACAGGGCCUGUUACAGGCUCUGUGGGAGCAGUUGAACGAGACCAAAUGGACCAAGGUUAAAGAUAACGACAAGGACUAUGUUUUGGAUGCUUUCCAGGACCUGACAAUGGAAGACUCAGACGCGGCAGAGCAGGAUGAAGAAGAUGAUGAAGAGGAGGAGGAGGAGGAGGAGGAAGCGAACGACGGUCAACGUAGCGAGCAUUAUGAUUCUGACGAGGAGCAAGACGACGUUGUUACUCGUGAUGAAGAUGGCAAUGUCAACUCUCAGCUCGCCGUUGGCUACAAACAUGAUCGCUCUUUCGUUGUCCGCGGCUCGAAGAUCGGAGUCUUCAAACAUACGCCGGACAACAAUCUCGAGUUCUCAACCAACAUUUCCAAGGUCGAAACUCCUAAUGGCAAGCUUUUCAGUCCCAAGAAAGUCAUGCUACACGCGGAAGACUCCAACUUGAUUCUUCAAAAUAACGACAACCCUAACUCUCUGUACCGUAUGGACCUGGAGUACGGUAAAAUUGUCGACGAAUGGAAGGUCCAUGAUGAUAUUCCUGUUGAGACUUUUGCACCUGAGAGCAAAUUCUCACAAAUGACCUCCGCUCAACCCUUCGUUGGAGCCUCUAACAAUGCUCUUUUCCGUGUUGACCCUCGUCUGGCUGGCAACAAGCUUGUGGAUGCCGAAUUGAAGCAGUAUGCUAGCAAGAAUGAUUUCUCCGCUCUGGCAACGACGGAGAAAGGAUACCUUGCUGUGGCUUCUAACAAGGGUGAUAUUCGUAUGUUCGAUCGUCUGGGUAUCAACGCAAAAACCCAUAUCCCAGCCCUGGGAGAGGCCAUUAUUGGUUUGGAUGUCUCUGCUGACGGACGAUGGGUUCUUGCUACCUGUCGUACCUACCUCCUACUCAUUGACUCGCUACAAAAGGAGGGUAAGAAUGAGGGCAAGCUUGGUUUCGAGCGUUCGUUCGCCAAAGACUCCAAGCCCCAGCCCAGACGUCUUGGUCUGACACCUGCCCAUGUGGCACAAUUCCAACACGAGACAAAGAAGCCGAUCUCAUUUACCCCAGCCCGCUUCAACACUGGUGUUGACAGUGAGGAAACCUCUAUCAUCACCGCCACGGGGCCUUUCAUCAUCACCUGGAGCUUGAAGAAGGUUGUCGCGGGUCGUAAAGACCCCUACAGUAUCAAGCGUUACUCUGAGGAUGUGAUGGCGGACAACUUCCGCUUUGGCUCGGAUAAGAACGUCAUCGUUGCGCUUCCAAAUGAAGUCAACAUGGUUGCUAAGAGGGCUUUACAAAGACCCACUCGUGAAAGUAUCGCCGGCCCCGUUACACCUCAACGUCGCGGCACUCGCUGGGGUAGCCGGCUGGGUAGGGAUGAGAUUGUUAACUCGCCUUACUAG